GCAGCAUCAAAACGUCAACAUGGAUUUGAGUUUUCUCGCCGCUGUGUCCGCUGUUUGGUUUUAACAAUUUUGCAUAAAUUAUUGUAAUUUGUUAUAUUUGUUAUGUUAGUUUUUUGCUAUACAAACACAUUUUAUAUUGAUUAGAUACAAAAGUUGAAGGUUAAUAUCGACCUGUCAGACGAAGGGGACAUUUUUUUCUGCAAGUUGCAAUCAUAAAAUUUGCAAAAUAGGAGACGGAAAUCCUUUUAAGUUUUCCAAUUUCAUAUCGAAUCUACCACCAAUUGGUGGUGGAGCGAUGCCUCGGAGCAGCAAACGAACGAGGAGCGGCGCACCUACAAGCGGAAACGAUGUUCUGCCUGGUGCUACAUCCAUAGAUGAACACCAUCAUCACAAAAGAUCAAGAAAUAGCAGUUUACGUCGACAUUUGAAAGCAGAAGACACAAGUUUCAGUGUAAAGAAAUGCUUAUCAUGGUUCAAAGAGUACACUUCGGUAUCAGAACCGGAUGUUUUAGGUCCUGAAGGAAUGGAAAAGUUUUGUGCAGACCUAGGUGUAGACCCCGAAAAUGUGGUGAUGUUGGUUAUAGCUUACAAAAUGGGAGCGAAACAAAUGGGAUUUUUCACACAGGAAGAAUGGUUAAAAGGCUUAACAGAGCUACAAUGCGACAAUGUACAUAAAUUACAAAAUAAAUUAGAUUAUUUACGGAAUUUACUUAAUGAUCCACACAUAUUUAAGGCUAUUUAUCGAUAUUCAUAUGAUUUUGCAAGGGACAAGGAGCAGCGCUCGCUGGACACGGAGGUGGCGGGCGCGCUGCUGGGCGUGCUGCUGCCGCGCUGGGCGCUGCGGGCGGCGCUGUGCGAGUUCAUCGCGCGGGAGCGGCGGUACCGCGUCGUCAACCGCGACCAGUGGUGCAACAUCCUCGAGUUCAGCCGCACCGUCGACGCGCACCUCGCCUCCUACGACGCCGACGGAGCCUGGCCAGUUAUGUUAGACGAAUUUGUGGAAUGGUUAAGGGCGAACGACUCAUCAAUGCCCCCGGCCAGCUGAGACUGCGAGGCCCCUCCACUCUAACCAGCUCCGCUCAUCUCUAUCUGCAGGUAUUAAUGCCCAGUCAAACUGCUGAAUUUAUUUAUAAACGCGGAAAAUUAUAUGACACUCGGUCACUAGUUUACGGUCAGGUGAAUACAGAAUAAAUGCACGGUGAGCACCAGGGGCUAGGGACUAUUGCCGAGUUCGUAGGAGCGUACGUAAUGAUGGGACGAGAGAUUGAAAAAUAUAUUUUACUAAAGCUGUUGCUCUGCUUCCAAUGGAGCAAUUGAAAAACAGCUGACGUGCUGUGCGUUGUGUUUUUGUGACGUCCGCGAGUUGUACGUAUCUUAAAUUGCACAUGAAUGUGAAAUUCCUAAAAACAAUAUUUAAGUUAACAAAUUAAUAGUGUUUCUUGAGAUCAGUUUGUGAGAUUUUUUUUAUUAUAAACAAUUCGGUAAUAGUUCUCUUACACCGUGUGUAUGUAGUCAUUUAUGAAGAUUAUAUAAUCUUAUUUGUAGCUCAUUUGAAUGUUAUAUGCAAAAGUUAUUUUGGCAGAAACUUUAUUUUGUAAUAAUUGAUAAUAACUUGUGAACAAUCGCUGUGUUCAUUGCCCUGUCCUGUGGCGCAUGUUCACUUUUGUUAGAACGAAUUAAUUUAAUUCACAUGAAGCCUAUUGAAUAUUUAUGAAUGCCUAUAAAUCAAAACUGUUUCAUCAGAUUAUUUUCUCUUGAUAUUAGUUCAGUGUAGUUCAUAUUCCUUGAAAGUUAUGUUGUCAAUAAUCUCAUGGAAAUUUCAUUUGGUUUGUCAAUAAAAAUGUUUGAAACUAAACUAAUAGAUGUUUCAAGACGAUUCAAUUGUAAGAUUUAUUAUUUUUUUGUAAUCUACUCAUCGUUUUAUGUUGUGUGAGCAAUACAAAAACAAUUAUCGAAUAUAAUUUAAAUUCUCUGUAAUUAUAAAAACUGGCAUGUAGUAUAAUCUUGUCUCCGUUCGUACUUACUCAGAAAUUUAUUUCUACUGUAUCUUACAAAGUUAUAGUUUUUUUUUGUUAAACUUUUUCUUUUCAAAUUAAAUAACAGUGACACUGUUACUUUUGUUUUUUCAGUUGGUUUAUUUAUGUUUGAAAGAAAUGGCUGAGCUGAAAUACAUUUUUGAGUAGGAAUCGAGGGAUUGGUAUAAUGAAUUAUGUGCAUGAAUUGUGAUUUUCCUAUGAGGAACUUCACAUUUCUUUAGUAUUCAGUAAAGGAUAUCUUCUAAAAGGUCACAUGUCGGUGAUUUUCCUCAAUAGGCUGUUUGUUAUUGGACUAUUGAUUGGUGGUAGAUGGCCCUCUACACGACACGUUUUGAAUAAGUUGUUGAGAACUUGAUACGUGCAUGACAUUAAUUAUUUUUUUAUGAAAUCAAUGAAGUCAAAAUUACAACAAUAGAAUCAUCGUUGUUGCCUAUGUAUAGUAUGACCAUGUUGUAUCAUAAAAACAACCAAAUAUAAUAAAAAUUAUCCACAAUUGAA